AUGGUCAACCCCAUCAUCCAGGAUCAAUACACCGCCGCCAGGGCCUAUUUCGCCUCGGUGGUUGGCAUUCUUUUCGUCGAGAGCCUGCUCCGGCUCCCAGCGUACCUCGGUCUCAAGUAUCGGCGCGGUCGACCAAGGCGCGGGCACGGCCUGCCACACUGGAAGCUCACUGUCCUCGUCCACAAGCUUCUCACCCAGCCGCUGCCGGUCCCCUCCGUAACCGACUGGCAUGUCGCCGACCUGAUUCGCUUCCUCGUCUUUGUCGCACUUAACGUCGUCUUCGGGCUAAACGAUAACAACUACACGACCGACUAUAAGCUAUACGGCUGGCUGACCAUUGCCAACGGUGGACUGGCACUGCUCAUGGCUGCACGCACCAAUCUAUUUUCAAUCUUGCUGCGCAUCCCAAGCCCCGUCCUGCUGCAGUACCAUCGCUGGGCCGGCAUCGCUACCGUGGCCCACGCAACAGCGCACUUCUCCUACAACACAAUGCACUACCUCCGUACCGCCCAGAUCGCGACAAGCUUCGCCAAUUCCCGGAUCCGCAUUGGCCUUGUGGCCUGGCUGAGCCUGGUCGUCAUCCUCCUUACGGCGCUGCCCGUUGUGCGCCGCCGGGGCUUCGAGGUCUUCUACUACGCCCACGCUCUGUUCUUCGUCUUCAUGGUCGGGGCACUAAUCCACACCACAAACGGGCCCGAAUUCCUGCUGCCCGGCUUCUCUCUCUGGGUUGUCGAUCGAGCCAUCCGCUUCGCCUAUAACUUUCGGCGUAUUGAGGUGCUAAGCGUUAGACAUUACGAGGGGAAUGUCACCAAAUUCAAGGUCAAGGGCAUCAGGACGAGCCACCCCGGACAGGUCGUAUGGGUCCAGAUUCCUAGUGUCUCAUUCUUGAACUGGCAUCCAUUCACCGUCGCGACCGAGCCAGGAGAGACCAACGGGCUCGCCUCGAUUGCGGUCAGGGGUCUCGGUCGAUACACAAAGGGGGUGCAGCAUGCCGACGACGACGGCGAAUACAAGGGCGACGCCGGCGACGCCGGCGACGGAGCAGACCGUCAGAGAACAGCCGCCACGGCUAGCGAGUUAAAGAUGCGUCUUGACGGCCCCUACGGCGUUGGCCGGACACAAUGGGGUGAACUGCCGGUGGCGGUUCUAGUUGCCGGCGGCAUCGGAAUCACUCCGGCCAUCAGUAUCGUGUCGCAUCUAGUCAAGAAAGCCGUCCCCUCGAACGGAGGCAACGGUUUACCCGCACCGGGAGCCCCUGCCGUCCCGCAUAUCCAUCUGCUCUGGGUUGUCAAGGAGACAUGUCAUAUAGAGUGGUUCGAGGAUGAGCUGCGUCAACUGCACGCUUUGUCUUCGCAGGAUCACGUACUCGCCACCCUUGAUAUCGCCAUUUACACUACCGCCAGCGCGAGCUCAACACUUGACCCCCCACAACGCCCAGGGGAGCCGGACGAGAUACGUGAGGCUAAGCCUGUAUUGGACCCGUGGACCGUCAACACCGGGAGACCGGAUGUGAUGGCCUGGUUCGACCAGGUGAAGCAAGCACGCGCUGGAAUGGAUGCUGCGGUGAACGUGUGUGGUCCGAGGACUCUGGUUAACGAGGUGCGAAAGGCAGCCGUCGCGGCAAGCUGGGAGAAGGGGCUGUUUCACGUUGAAGAGGAGAUUUUCGAGUUAUAG